CUCUAACUUGACAUUCUCUCUCAGUCUCGUCUCUUUUCCUCCGCUCAAAGGCGCUUCGGAGAGAUUUUCUCUCCACCGAGCUGCAUCCAGUCACGGCGUUUCUGCGGCACACCGAGGCCGGGAAGUAUCCAACUGGAUCCAUCCGACGUCUGGAGGGCUGGAGCUUAACCAAAAUUAAAACCGCGGAUGGUUUUGUCUGCAGGCGGGGGACCUGGAAACCCGGGCCCGCAGUGGGAACAAGGAGGAGGCCCCGACGCCCCCUUGUUCUGACCCAGAAAACAGCACUGACGGCCCGGCUGCCUGUCAACUAGAAGGUCUGCUAGCCACUGCCUGUACCGGAGCUCGCACGGUGGCCCCGAAGAGGACGGUUACCGGGAUACUCAUUGGACCUACUCUGGUUCUUGUUAUCCGGCAGGCAGCCCUGAGACAUAUUAAACAGCGACUUUCUGGAAAUCGGGGGGCUACUGGCUAGCUAACUUCGGGCUAGCUGCCCCAGUUAGCUUCUCUCCCCGACAACCAGAGAGCGGGGGCUCUGUAGCGAGGAAGAAGCAAUACAGGCUUUUUCUCGGUACUUUUUUCAUAAUUUUACAGACUCUACCGAAGACAUCGAUAAUGGCUGCCUUAAUCAAGGAAAUAGUCAGUAGAAAUAAAAGACGAUACCAGGAGGGUGGAUUCGACCUGGACCUAACCUACAUUUAUCCAAACAUCAUUGCGAUGGGUUUCCCUGCUGAGCGUCUGGAAGGAGUCUACAGGAACAACAUUGAUGAUGUCGUACGGUUUUUAGACUCAAAGCACAAGAAUCACUAUAAGAUCUACAAUCUGUGUGCAGAGCGACAUUAUGACACAACAAAGUUCAACUGCCGAGUUGCUCAGUAUCCAUUCGAGGACCACAACCCUCCCCAGCUGGAGCUCAUAAAACCGUUCUGCGAGGACUUGGAUCAGUGGCUGAGCGAAGAUGAGCAGCAUGUCGCCGCCAUCCACUGCAAGGCAGGAAAAGGCCGCACUGGUGUCAUGAUCUGUGCCUACCUGCUGCAUAGAGGCAAGUUUCAGGAGGCUCAGGAGGCGCUGGACUUCUACGGAGAGGUCCGCACCACCGACAAGAAGGGUGUGACCAUCCCCAGUCAGCGACGUUACGUCAUCUACUACAGCUACCUGCUAAGGAACCAGCUGCUCUACAAACCAGUCGCUCUGCUCUUCCACAAGAUGCUGUUUGAAACCAUCCCAAUGUUCACUGGAGGAACCUGCAAUCCUCAUUUUGUGGUUUACCAGCUGAAGGUAAAGAUCCACACGUCCAACUCUGCUCACACCCGACGGGAAGACAAACUGAUGCUGUUUGAGUUCCCUCAGCCACUUCCUGUGUGUGGAGACAUUAAGGUGGAGUUCUUCCACAAACAGAACAAAGUAAUGAAGGAAAAGAUGUUCCACUUUUGGAUCAACACCUUUUUCAUCCCUGGGCCGGAAGAGAACCUCGACAAGCUGGAGAACGGCAGUGCUGGGAUGCUACGUGAGCCGGCCGACAGAACGCAGCAGAACCUGGUGAUGAUGACCGGAGGAGAAGGCAACGACAGAGACUACUUGGUUCUUACUUUGACCAAGAAUGACCUGGACAAAGCCAACAAAGACAAGGCCAACAGGAACUUCUCCCCAAACUUCAAGGUGAAGCUGUAUUUUACCAAGACGGUCGAGGAAGGAGCAAACUGUGACGCGUGCAGCACGUCUGUGACGCCGGACGUCAGUGACAACGAACCAGAUCACUACCGAUACUCAGACACGACAGACUCGGACCCGGAGAACGAGCCAUUUGAAGAGGACCAUCACAAUCAAAUCACAAAAGUCUGACACACACACAGACACACACACAUAUUCAGAUAAAGACAUGUGUGUGUGUUUGUUUGUAUGUGUGUGUGUGUCGGUAUGCACAUAUAUAUUUAUACAUAUAUGUACUGGCAUACACACACACACACACACACACAGUAUCUAUGUAUACACACUCACGAAUCCCCAAACUAAGACUAGCAUGUUGCUAGCUAUCGGGAAAUAUAAUCGACGGACCAGAACUGAUCUGUGGGACUCGAAUCAGGAUUCUCCCCCCCAUACCACACAGACGCACACACACACACACACACACACAGCAGUCUUCUGCUCAGUGCACAGCUGGACAAUCAGGUGACCUGGCAGCUGAAGGUGAUGAGGGUGGUGCAAAGUGUGUGGAAGGGGCCAGGCUGGACAGACGAAUAGCGAAUGGACAGUAGGACAAAUGAAUGGACAGACAAUUUUAAAAGAGUAAAACUUGAAUAUAAACAAACUGAAAAACGAGUAGACUUCUUUAGCGAUGACACCAAUAUGUUUGUUGGAUCAAUCCCCACAAUCCCCAUGUACCCUUCCUUCCUUCCUUCUUUCUUUCCUUUUUUCAUGGAGAGUUUUAGGAAACUUCAUGCUUACCAAUCUUAAGUUUUUUCAUAUCCUUUCUCUUCAGUCUUCAGUUGCGUUAAGCUCUUUUUGGUGACUUGACUCUUCUCAUGGUGUGCUUAUGUCUCAUUUUUCGCCUUCAUUUUUGGUAGAACUCAAUUCAAACUAAACACUCUUCUUGAAGUGAUAGCUCCAUGUAGAUUUUGGAAAGUCAGCUGAUGAUGACGAUGACCACUUAAAAUUUAGUAAAAUUAAAUCCAUACGGGCCAAUCGGUCUGAGUUGGCAUUGACUGAUUUGGACUGGUUCACACCAGUUAGACAGUUUGUCUAACAGACAGAGUCUGCAGGGACAAGUUAAGUGGGUUCAGUCCAGUCAGUCAGUGUGUGAUCAGUCUGAGUCGAGUUGGACAAGAUCUUCUGAGGAAUCCUUGGUUCUGGUUUAGCCUGAUAAUUUUUCUUGUUCCCGACAUUGUAAACUCCUACCAAAGAACGUAUGAGCCCCUAAACAUAGUUUUAACAUUUUUGUACUCAGUCGUGAGUUAUGUUUGGACUAAGCUGGACAAGCAGCUUGCAAGUUUUUAGCUGCCUUUAGGACGAGGCAGCGCACAGAGAGAAGUGACAACCUGUCGUUUGAAUGUGACAAUAGACGAGAGAAACUUUGAUUAUUCACAAUCUGCUGCCGUUCUGCCAAUCAUCUACUGUUGAAAACACAUACAGUACAAACCUACUGUGAACAAAAGCUAUUUCUACUUUCUGUCAGCCAGUCUGCCAGUUUUGCUUAACCCUAACUUGUCUUACUCUAUAUCUCACAUUAAGCUAAACAACAAACAAGCUUCACACAGUAUAACUGUUCUGUCAUCUGGAGUUUCACUUCAGUGUAGACUAAUACACCCUGACAAAAACUAGAGCAUAAAUCUAUGAUUCCAGGGUGUUUCGUCUUGAGGUGGCUGUGCUGCAAGUUGGGUGGAGUUUGCACUUUAUUAAGGACCAGGUAUUUCAAACUUAGUCCAUCCAAGAAAGUCUGUUUAGCUGAUGUGCUUAUUUCUGUUGAAAGACAGUUUUUUGUGAAGCUGCCAUUCAUGAGGUUUGAGUCCAGAGUUUUUCAGCCUUCAAGGCCCAGUGUGUGUUUGCGGUAGAUAUCUAAGACAGUCAGAUAGAUUUUUAUUAAAAAGUCCCUGUCCGCUCCACCUGGAGCUCCCUCUGUGGUUCUAAAGUCUUAGGAGUAUUGUUGGAUCACCAGUCAGAAGAUUCUGAGAACCCUUGUUCUCCCAGUGUGCCAGAAAUUUGUGUGAGCUGCUGACAAAUGGCUUCCAGCAGGCUUCAUGACCCAUCAGUCAUGAGAUUCAGCCUCUGUAUGUCCCUGCUUUCUUAUUGACAUGAGUGAUAACUCUUACUCUGUCUUUAAACUAUUAAUGAUUUUACUCACUAAUCCUUCAUGGAGUUAUUCAAGCGCUUCAGUUCAUUCAGAUUGUACCUACAGAUUUAGGAUCACUUGAAUAUUACAGUAGGUUUGAAACCAUUCCAUCUGGAUUUUGCAGAAGUUGAUGAACAUUAGAGAUACUCAGUUUCGUCUUUGAUAUUAACUUCAUUUAGAACAUUGGAGCAAACCACUUGGUUUCAGUUCUUUGGGCGCCCUAACAUUCAGUGGAAUGUUGGGGCUUUUCUUGCAACUGCAUUUCUAAAUGUAAGCAGGUGUCUGGAUGAUUAUAGUAUGUACUUUAUCUCCACACAGUAAGCUACUUCCUGUUCACCCAGUGUUCUGCAAAAACUACAACUGCUGGACAUGAUAUCACUCGGCUAGGAUCCGUUUAAUGGGCAGUAAAAUGACUGAACUUUUGAAUCACCCACGUUAUUAUCAAUUUUCCAUCAAUAACUCUGUAGACCACCUAUGAAGUCAACAGCAUUGCAUUGCAGCCAAACUGAUUGAAGAUCUGCUUCCAGACUUUGUGUGGUCAGAAGUUUUAGUUCUGAUCUCUGAUUUCCAACACCUUUGGUGCUAAUACUUACUGUUGGCUCUGUGUUGCUCCUGUAGGUAUUGAUUGUUCCGUGUAGACUCUGGAUUUGGUCUUGAAGUUCCUGUUGUCAACAUUGUGGGCCUCGUCAAGAGCCUGAUCAUGCAGGACGUUCUCUGGAGGCUUGAAAACACAAAAACCCAGUGCUGCUUUUAUUGUGAGAGGCUGUGAGGGCAGAGGCACCAACAUUUUGACAUUUUCUUCAACAGAAGGCCUCCUCACUUUCUUGACUCAAAUACUGAAAGGCCAUUGAUCACCAUACAAAGCAUGUUUGGUUAUGAUGGUAAUGUCCCAAAGUGAAAGGUCUGGGGACCCUCCAGUCUCCUGAAGGGUUCUUGUCCGGACUGAAGCCUAGUCUAGUCUGGACUGAAGCUGUUUGCUGACCUUGUCUUGCUGAAGGUGAAACAAAUUUAACAGGAGCAACAAUCAUAAACUGUUCAUAUUCUUCUUCGUCAUAGAGCUAAUGGGGAAAGACCCACUUCAACUUUCAUCUGAUUGGAAAUACGAGAAACUGCCUGAGAGGCAUUUUUCUGCUUAAAAACCCUUUUUGUACCAGACAGAGAAACUACAUAUUGUGGUUAUAGACCUCUGAAUUGUUGCUUCCCUGUUUUGAAAAAGUCAGUGCUUUUUAGGCAAGAUUAAAAAUGGGACAAAGAUAUGACUCAAAACUGAAUGAGGUCAGUGGAACCGGUAGAAAAAUGCUGCCUACCAUUGAUAAAAUACUGUUCUGUGUGAUUACAUGUUGAGGUGUUGCACUCAGGCUCAAUGAAAGCCUCAUGUAUCCUUGUGCUAACAACUGACCAGUACUCUUGAACAGCUGUGGUUAGGCCUUCACUUCAUCUUGAUGAGUUUAAGGUGCUAAGCUGAGCUACCCAGGGCUGAUGCUGAGCCUGGUGUCCAUCUAUGGUGCUCUCUACCAGCCACGAGUUUGUGUCCAGUCUUGAUCUGUGAUUCCAAGCAGCUUUGUUGUGAUUGUACCAAACUAUCCACAGGCUCCCUGUGUGUUGCUGCUGGCAUUUUAUAUAUAGCCACAACAACUCACGUCUUGUCUUGAGUCCUGUUAGGUGCUCUCAGGCCCAGCCUCACCUCCCAUCGUCAACCCAUUCAGACACAACCGGUGUAUAGACUUGUUCAUUGGGGUUGUUAAAAACACAUUAUCAUGUUAGCAUGUUGUUAACUCUAGCAAACUGGUGUGAACUCCAGAAACAGAAUCAGAAAACCUGGAUUCAGAUUUCCACAUUAUCACACAUGAUGUGACGUGCCAUUAGGGUUCAGGCU